UUUUAAAGACACCCCACUUCGCUUUUUGCUUAAUUCUAGCUCCACCCUGCCUCCUCCUUCUAAUCCUUUUUAGCUCAUCCCCAGAAAAAUAUCACGCUUUCUAUUCGUUCCUUGGGCCCCAAUCUCCAAGCUUCAUUUGAUACUCAGAAUCGGUUUUGCCAUCGGCGGUAGAAGCUCAGAGCUACUGCAGGUUCUUUAAUCAACUCCAUAAUUUUUUCGUGUGGAUUUUCUUUUACAUAACCCCGACUUCGAGCUUUUCUUCAUUAUUCAUACUGCAAAGUCGGCGAGUUUUUCCCUCUUGCAUGGUUCACUUGUACAUUUCACUAUUUUAAGACACAAUAGCUGUAGAUCUGUCACAUGGUCGCUGUAUCGUGGGAAAUGACGUUAUCAACACUGCUUCCUGUUUUGCACUGGUGGUGUAUUUAAUCCUAAUUCUUCGACUUUCAUCGAUGAUUGCUUUGUUUGAUGAUACUAAAAUACUCAAGUAUAGUAUGCCGUUUAAGGUCGUCGUAAUCACGGUCAUUUCAGCUUCAAACCAACAUACAUCAAAGUCUAACGUCUAUUUAAGGGUGAGUAGGCCACAGUGGUAUAUAUUGACAUGUUUUAAGAUGGAGCGGUUAAGACCAAGGGGAAGAGUAUGUGGGGGAUGUGCCCUGCCAAGAGAGGGUGGGCACGCCGGGCAGGAAUUGUUGCGUAAACCCUUCCUGCUGGCAAGGGGCAAGGCCACUUUCAACAAACAGUUGAGCUUGAACUCAAUUUAAGUUUUUAUCGUUCCCUUAAAGCUUGGCUUCAGUAUUUUUCUUUUUACUUAAAAAGAGUGUUAAAAAGGGAAAUUGAUAGAAUUUUGUGUUCCAUAUAGGCGUGAUUUAUGAAAGGAAGAUUAUAUAGCAUAUGAUGAAAUUUAAUGGUCAUAAGUUUUACUGUCCACAGUUAGAUUAGAUAUAGUUGUGAUGUGAAGUUGAUAUAGCUGUUGGUUUUACUCAGACAUAUGAGAGGAAAGAAAGCAAGGGAGAAACAAGUGUUAGAGCAUGAAGAUACUACAGGUUCAGGUUAUUAUCCGUCCAGGUUAUGAGGAGUAGAAGAGACUCAGAAUAGAUACGUGGGACAAAGGCCACUGGACUUGCACUCUUUUCAAAUUGUUAUUUUAGUGUAAGGUUCUUAUCAAAGACAUAACCAUCAGAUUUUGAGAUGGAAGGCUCUGACAGUUCCGAAUCAAUUCGUGACCAAGGGACUCAGGUGACGACUCCAUAUUAUACUCCAUAUCAACAGCCGGGAUUGCAGACAUCUGGCCUUCAACCAGUUAACAUAGACUUGUCUCUAAGCUCUGGAGGCAAUAACACUCUGACUUCUCAGAAGGAGGCCUCUGGAUCCCCAUCCUUAUCAUCCUCAUCGUUAUCCUCAGAAUCUGAAGGAAUGGAACUAACCAAAGAGACUAAUCUGAAAGAAGAAUUUCAUGGUCUAGAACAACAGAAUCACAUGGACCAUGAUAUAUUGCAGGCGAUAGAGAAUAUGAGCUAUGAAGAGUUACUUAGAAAAUUUAUUAAAAGUGCGGAGGAGCUGAGAAUUUCAAACUUGAAAAUUCAUAUCUCAGAAAAGGAGAUUAUCAAUUUAAAGAGUCAGAUUGAGAAGCACAAGGAUCAGCUUGAUCAUGUUCAGAAUGAAUUGAAAAUGAGGGAGGCUGACCUUGAAUAUGAAAGGGCACAGGUAAUAGAGUUGCGGAAACAAAAAGAUAAUUUGGAAACCCAUGUUCCAGACUGUUGCAACAAGAUAGCAAAAUUGGUGGAAGAGUUGGAGGUAGCUGGAGAACAGCUCAAAGCAUCAAAUGAUGAGGCUACAAGGUUAUGUAACGGUACUCUAGACUUGAAAGGUCGGCUUGAAGCAGCACAGGAAAAUAUAGCCACAUUAGAAGCCCAGCUUGAUUCCGGGAGAAAGAGAAUUCAAGAGCUAGAAGACAGAAUUAUAUGGCACAAAACUAAUGAAACUAAACAUGAACUCGAGAUGCAGAAGUUGAAGGCUGAAAUGCUAAAUGCCCGGGAGCAGAUCUCUCUAGAGAAAAAUCAGCUGCAGUCUGAUAUAGCAAUUUUGUCAGAAGAAAAGCUACAGAUGGACUAUAGACUCAGGGAAUUGGAAUCAAGAAGCAAUAUUGUAGAAAAUAAAUUGGAGGAGUGUGAAGCUGAAAAAUUGAAACUGAAAGAGAUGUAUGCUGCACGUCAGCUGAUAUUGGAAGGUGAAGUCGCUCGUUUGAAGGAAGAACUAGGUCAGAAGAGAUAUAAUAUAGAAACUUUGAAUAAGGAAUUCGACGGGCAAAAACAUAAGCAUGACAUGCUCAUGACGGAAAAAGAUGAGGCCAAUGCUAUGAUCCAUAAACUUGAGGCAGAGCUGAGCUACCGAGACAAUCAGAUUGAAAAUAAGGAGAGAGAGCUAAGCCAGCUACGCAUGCAACUGGCAGAGUUGAGUUCGGAAUCUGAAAUUAAAAUGAAUCAAGUAAAUGAGUUGAGACUGAAAGUGGAAGAGCUGGAAAAAGAGGUGGCUGGGCAAAACGCUGAGAUCUCAGAUAGGGCGGAGGAAAAGAGGGAGGCAAUACGGCAACUUUGCUUUUCGCUCGACCACUAUAGGAGCGGAUAUCAGGAACUUCUCCAAGCAUUUGUCGGACACAAGCGUCGUGCUGUUGUAGCCUCUUCCUAAGUCACAAUUAGUUAUGGUGUGUCAUCAUUUUCACUCGUCUCGUAGAUGCUGAAGCUUUUUACGUGUCAAUGGGAGCCCGACAUCACAUAAUGGUGUCUUGUUUCCUCUCCUAUAAAAACUAGUAGUAGAUCAAACACUUGUUACUGUUUCAGGGGUUUGUGUUUAGUUUUAUAUGGAUUCGAAUCUAGCUUUGGGAUCAAUUUUCCUCAAAUAAUACUUGGGGACCAGUAAGCUA